CUUGGCGGGAGCCAGGCGCUGGCCGUGUAGCCCGCCCUCGGGGACGUGGUGCCGCACUGGGGCAGGCUGCUCCCGUCCCUGAGCAGGGGAGGGGCGCUGCCCGGGGCAGGGAGCAGCGCGGCGGCCAUUGGCCGCCGGCUGCCAUCACCUGGCGGCCGGGGAUGGGCGUGUGCCAGCCGGCAGCCUCAGUGCGCGCCCGAGGCAGGGGCAGAGUCCAGCCCGGGGGGAGCCGCGGGCGGGCGGGGAGGCCGCGGUGGGUGCGCGCCAUGCCUCUGCGGCUGCGGGGCAAGAAGAAAGGCAAGUCCAAGGAGACCGCCAAGCUGGUGGAGAGCGAGCAGGCGGCUGGGGCCCGCGGGGGAGGCGAGGCUGCGGCCGCGCCGCCCGCUCCUGCCCAGCCCCGGGCCCGGCUGCUCUUCCACACGCAGCUGGCGCACGGCAGCCCCACCGGCCGCGUGGGGGGCUUCGCCAGCGUGAGGGAGCUGUACGAGCAGAUCGGCCAGGCGUACCGCAUCCCCGCCGCCGAGAUCAUAUUUUGCACUUUGAAUACACACAAAAUUGAUAUGGACAACCUCUUAGGAGGGCAGAUUGGUCUUGAAGAUUUCAUAUUUGCCCACAUAAAGGGAUCAAAAAAAGAAGUGGAUGUUCUUAAAUCUGAGGAUUCUCUCGGGCUUACCAUUACAGACAAUGGAACGGGCUAUGCCUUCAUAAAGCGUAUUAAAGAAGACAGCCUUGUCGACCAAAUCAAAGUGAUAUGCGUGGGUGAUCAUAUAGAAUCUAUAAAUGGAAAAAAUAUGGUGGGUUGUCGUCAUUAUGAGGUUGCCAACCUAUUAAAAGGACUGAAGAAGGAUCAGACAUUUAAACUAACAUUGAUAGAGCCCAUGAAAGCAUUUGAAAUGAUUGAACCAAGGUUAAAAAGUGGAACUCUAUCAGAGGCUAAAAUCUCCAAGGGAAGAGAAACACUUCGAUUGAGAUCCAAAGGUCCUGCCACUGUGGAGGAAGUGCCCUCUGAAAUUGAAGAAAAAGCAAUAAAAAAAAUAGAUGACCUUCUUGAAACGUACAUGGGAAUAAGAGACAUUGAACUAGCUGCAACAAUGGUAGAAGCAGGAAGAGACAAAAACAAUCCAGAUGAAUUUGCUGUUGCACUUGAUGAAGCUCUUGGAGACUUCGCAUUUCCUGAUGAGUUUGUAUUUGAUGUAUGGGGAGCCAUAAGUGAUGCUAAACAAGGACGAUUUUAAUGAGAAAUGUACAAUUUAUUAAUCGCUGUUUGAAGAUAAAAUUGUUUUUAAACAAUUAUGGGAUCAGAAUUUCAAUUUAUUAAUAUGAACUAUAGGCUGAUGCUGUAUAUAUUUGAAAUAUUCCCCUUUAAAAUCUUUUGCAAAGUAGUAUUUUCUGGGUACAAGUUUUGAAAAACCUUGUAUAGCAUCCAGUUAUGCUGAAAACUACACAUUUAAAAACAAACAUUUAAACUACUUUUAUAAAUUAAUAUAUGGUUUCAGAGUAGCAGCCGUGUUAGUCUGUAUUCGCAAAAAGAAAAGGAGUACUUGUGGCACCUUAGAGACUAACAAAUUUAUUAGAGCAUAAGCUUUCGUGAGCUACAGCUUGCAUCCGAUGAAGUGAGCUGUAGCUCAUGAAAGCUUAUGCUCUAAUAAAUUUGUUAGUCUCUAAAUUAAUAUAUGGAACAGUUCCAUGGUGUCUUUUUAGUAUUCCAUUGAUCCAAUAUUUUUUUUCACAUGUGCAGUAUAUUAAAAAUAUUUUUUAGUUCUCUGAAGAGAUAUUAGACAUAUAUAAUAAAGAGCUAUUUUAUCUUUUUUUAAAGAGAAGCUUUAUAAAACUUAAUAUGAAAAAGUACUCAGAUGUGCUAUAACUCAAUAAUCCUCUGUUCCCUCAUGUUCACUUUGCUAUACAUGUAAUCCCUUCUUACUGCUGUGUAUGAAGGAGUGUUCUUCCUUACAGAAAGUUGGGAAGAGGCUACUCUUUGUAUAGGGGUGAGGUUCAGAAAAAGCUCCCCCCCCCAACCCUGAGGCUUCAUUUGAGAUCUGAGACCCUUUGGAUGGAAAUGAUUUGUUUUAAUUUGGUGUGUAAUAUAAGAUGCCUAAGUACUACCAUGGUGGGUGUCUUAGAAAUGAAUAGGACAGAUUAUAGAUCAAUCUCUGUCUGCCAUAUUGCUGCAUCAAAGUCUUCUGGACAACAAAAGAACACCCAAAAGCCAGCUGCACCUAUUUAUUUGCACACAUGUGUAAUGGCAGGGAGGUGGCACUGAAUGCUGUGGCAUAUGAUGACUCGUGCUUAUUAGAGUUAAGCAUGUGCGUGAGCGCUUUGCUGAAUCAGGAUCUUAGUUUCUCCUGUUGUUUGUGUGGCUUUCUCGUGAAACAUGGGAGAGAGAGAAAAAUUUAAAAAUACAUUAAAACAGGAAAAUGUGAUUUGUAAAAUCACAAAAAAAAGUGGCAGCAUGGACACAAAGGCCAGGCUUAAACUUGAAACUACUUUUAACUCAUUUUUUCAAAUAGAUUGGAUUUCAAGUUGUCAGUAUCCUUUUAGAAAAUCAUGUUGUAGAUAAGCACAUUUCUUUAUCUCUUUUAUCUAUCAGUAAUAAUACCUAUGAUUAUUAAAGGGGAAAGAACUUUUUAAAAAAAAUCCAAUUUAUCUAUAUUUACUCCCGUAUUUACUGUUUGUGUUCAAUCCAUUUCAGUUUCCUUUUUAAUCAGUUUCAUAUUUAGGUUUUCAAUGUUGCAAUGUUUGGAUUUUCAACAAGGCAGAAGGAUACUUUCAACUGUUUUUUCAAUAGAUUUUGUUUUGUUUUCUGUUUGUUUUAAAUUGUGGAAAUAUAUUGAUCUUGGAAUUUAUAAAAGCUUGUUUUACCUAAUUUAAACAUGGGCCAAAUGAUGGGUGACAAGAUCCCUUUACAAUAAAGCUGAAGAAAAAAGUGGGACCUUAUCUGUGCAAGUACUGUAGCUUUUCAAUGUUAUUUUAUAUUAGAACAAGCAUAUAAAAUAAAUACUACCCCAAAAAUAAAGUUUUCUAAAUUUC